AAAAGCAGAGCAACUCUUUUCAUUUUCAAAAUUCAAAAUCUGAAGGUUAGAACUUAGACGGCUCCCUCUGCAAAUCCCCCUUUUGAUUCUAGGGUUCCAACAUAUACGCUUCUUGCAGGUUCGCUCUUCCCCUUUGAUUCACCACGCUUCUUGCUCCUUUCUUGCUCUCUUCUUGUUCAUUUGUGGGGGCUGCGCUGCGAAACCCUAGUUUCGUGCUGGGAGGCUCGAAAAUUAGGGUGUUUUUUUCCCCCCUUGGGUGUGAAGUGGAGAGAUGGUGGGUGAAGAAAGCACUAGCAACGGCUAUGGUGCAGGGCUGGUUCCGAAGAGCGAGGUAACGAAUGGGUUUGUGUUAGAAGUGGGAGAUGGCAAUGGUAGUGGGAGUUUGGGCCCGUGGACGAGCGAGGGUCUUAGGACGUACAAGAGGCGGAAGCUAGCAAAGGUGAAUUCGGAGGACAAAUCUGUGGAAGAUGGAAGGAGUUCUGCAGAAGCGGCAAGUCACUUAGUAGAUUUGACUGUAAGGGAUGUGGGUGGCAGAAAUGUAAAGGAUAAUUCUUAUGAGCAAGUCAAUCUUUCUAAAAACAGGUGCAAUGUUAUUAUGAAUGAUCCAGAUCCAUGCCUAGGUAGGCAUAUGCGUGAUGCUGUACUGGAACAAAUGUACAAAUCAUUAAGGGAGAGUGAAGGUGGUAUACUGGGAUGCAUUCAAAAUGCAAUUGUAUGCCCCCCUGAAGCUAAUUUUGCAACUAAAGUCAAAGAUACUGUUCAUUGUCAUGAGGAUAAGAAUAGAUGGUUUUCACAGAUGAAGUCGAUGCCUGAUGGUUCUCUGAAUGCAGCCGGGGGGCAUGCUGGCGUUACGUCUAAUGGAACUUUAGAUGAAGCAAAUUGUCGAAGUUUCACAGAGCGCUGUGAGCGUGCUCUCUUUAGUGUCAUUGAGUCUGAGCAGUUUUCUUCGCUGUGUAAGCUACUGGUUGAAAAUUUCCAGGGAAUAAAGGUUGAUAGUUUUUUUGACUUCCGUCUCAUAAAUUCGAGGAUAAAAGAGGGAGCUUAUGAAGACUCACCUAUGCUUUUCUCUUCUGAUAUUCAACAGGUGUGGAAAAAUGUACAAAAGAUUGGUUCUGAGAUGCUGUCUCUUGCAAAGAGCGUUUCAGAUAUUACAAAGACUUCCUGUCAUGAAUGGGUUCAAUCAAGGAUUUUAACGUCUAUGCAGGUGGGGGGCUCAGCACACAGCACUUUUGAAGAUGGAAAACAUGAGUUCUGUGGCCGGGAAACUGAUGCUAAGCUGGAGCAAAUAGGGGCUUGUGGUGUGAAUAAAGCUUGUGCUUGCAGGCGUUGUGGAGGCAAAGCAGAUGGAAAGGACUGUCUUGUGUGUGAUUCAUGUGAGGAGAUGUACCAUGUGUCUUGCAUUGAGCCUGCUGUCAAAGAGAUUCCUGCAAGGAGUUGGUACUGUGCUGAUUGUACUGCAAGCGGUAUUGGAUCACCUCAUGAGAACUGUGUUGUAUGUGAGAGACUGAAUGCUCCAAAAGCCCGAAGUAAUGCAGUCACUGACAUUGUUGCAACUAAUGAAUUGGAAGAGAGUUCUGAUUAUAUUAUGGAAGAUGGGCUUCAAGUUUUGGGAGGAAGCAGGAUAUUGUGUAUUUGCAAAAUUUGUCGAGGUGAGAUAGAAAAUGGUGAAAAGUUUCGGUUGUGUGGCCACCCUUAUUGUCAGUUUAAGUGCUUACAUGUGAGAUGCCUGACAAGUAAGCAAUUGAAAUCAUAUGGCCCGCUUUGGUACUGCCCUUCUUGUCUAUGUAGGGUGUGCCUCACUGAUCGAGAUGAUGAUAAGAUUGUUUUAUGUGAUGGUUGUGAUAAUGCAUACCACAUCUAUUGCAUGGAACCACCACGGGCUUCAAUUCCAAGAGGGAAAUGGUUUUGCAAAAAGUGUGCACCUGAGAUUCAGCGCAUACGUAAGGCAAAAAGGGCAUAUGAGAGGUUAAAAAGGAAACAGAAAAAGGAUGAGGAAGAGCAUACACAGGCUUUUGAGAAUCUUGAAAAGCAGGAGGAAAGUGAUGGGAAAGACGAAUUAGAAAGAGCAGGUGGAGUGGACAUGCUUUUGACAGCUGCCAAAACUCUAAAUUAUGAGGAAAAAUUGGCUGCCAUCAAAAUGAAGGGCUGAAGAGAAUUUAUAUCUCAGGAGCAGUGAAGAACUUUUCAAGGUUUUCUAUUGGUGAAGAUUUUUGAUUUUGCAUGUGAUGGCCCAGCACUAACAAAAUUCUCUGCAGAAACUAAUAUUUUGUAGGUCGUCUACUGAUAGAUUUUACCAACCUUUCUAGUAUAUGUAAGUUGGGGCAGGACAGGAUUCUGUGGAGGUUGUAUAUUGCUGAUCUACUUUUAAAACUGUAGCGUAUAGUUCGAUCCCUGCUGAAGUGAAGGGGGUCAGCAAACCAUAGGACCAAUUUGCUCUAGAUGAACAUUGAAAGAGCUGCUCGUUGCUGUGAAUGUUCAGCGAUUUGUACCUUGUUGCCCUCUUGUAAAAAAUGAACUAAAAUACCCAAAUCAUGUGCUGUUUUUUGAUGAGGAAAAUAUUGUUUUGUUGGGUGUAAUUAUCCUCAUCGAUGAGGAUUAGUGUGUAAUUGUAUUAUGUAUUAUUGUUAUCGAUGAUUCGAUGGUACCAGUUAGGACAAUAACAUCGAAUUCUGUAAGUAACAAAUAUAUUUUGGGUUUGGUCUCCA